AUGUGGUUCGCAGCUGCGCUGCUACUGUUGUGUGCAACCGAAGGAGGAUUGUCCACGACGUGUGACUUUCCCCAGUCGUUGUGCUUCGAUUCUGAACCUGCAUUAAUAAAUCUCGACGCACUCCAAGCAACCAUCAAUGCGCUGAGAAUAACACCAUCCACCUUCAUCAAGCCAGAUGAUUUGAUAACACUGGUCAAUCAAAUCAUAAAUAAGUUAAAGGAAACUGCAGCUGUAGCACCCGCUGCCGCUUACAAAACAUGCUCCGAUUUGCCGUCCGGUUCUCCGUCAGGUUUGUACCAGCUGCGGGGCGAAAUGCGAGAUCCUCAGAAUGCGUACUGUGACAUGGACUACGACGGUGGUGGAUGGCUGGUGUUUCAACGACGCUUCAACGGACUGACCGAUUUCUAUCGAUCCUGGAACGCAUAUCAAAACGGAUUCGGUGAUAUUCAAAGCGGAGAAUUUUGGUGGGGUCUGAACAAUUUGUACCGCGCAACAAAUUUGGCCCCACACGAGCUCGCCAUCAUUCUGGAGGACUUUAACGGUACAAAAGUAGUGGCAAGGUACAGCGCGUUUCAGAUCGGCGAUGAGUCAGAAUUGUACCGCAUGAAUGUACUCGGUUCGUACACUGGCACGGCGGGAGAUUCCUUGAAACGUCAUCUAAAUAUGGCGUUUACUACAAAGGAUAAUGAUAAUGAUAUAUUCACGUUAAACUGUGCCGAGCAAAAUACUGGUGCGUGGUGGUACAGUAAUUGUCAUGACAGUAAUCUCAACGGACAAUAUCUAAAUGGACCUACAAACCUGUACGGAAAAGGUAUAACAUGGAAAGCCUUUAGAGAGCAAGGAUAUUCGCUGAAAAGUACACGUAUGAUGAUUCGCCGGAUACUGUAG